AUAGGCAUGUACCUGUUCCAAUGACAUUGUCGCUGGCUGUAGCUCUGAAUGGUUUACGAGUAUACAUUCAGCACAUGUCGAAAUGCUGCUGCAAAUUAUCGUUGAUUCUUUCCUUUAUCUGCUGGGCCUCACUGCACUUUUUUGUUCAUUGCUAUGUGUUGGUGCGAUUAUAGCUAUGUGGAGAAGUCGAGGAUCGAGGAUGUUCAGUAGUUUUUACUACCGUUGUUGCUGGAAUGAGAGCUGGAUCAACUUGUUCACACUUAUAUUUUUCCUGACGACUAUGUAUGCCAGAUUUUUCCCUAUUUUAUAUCCCGCGUUCUACUAUCUCAAUCGCUUCAAAUGGUGGACAAACUUUGCACAGGUUACAAAGCAACAUGUAUUGUAUUUACAAAUCUGGAACGUCCUUGUGACCGUCGGAGGGCGCUUUUGCACCAUAUGUUUACCACAUUCGAUAAUAACACAUACUGCUGAGCAAAUGAAUACAUGGAUAAUAUUUAUACUACAAACAUUUUUCCCCACCGUGACGGCAAUACCUCUUUAUUGCAUUUGUGAUCAUGUAUACAGGUUAAAAAACGUUACAGUGCCACUGUUUUUAAGUUCUACGGAUCCAACCUUUGGAAAGGUUCUCAAUAUCGUCGGUUACACCUACCGCUAUGUGGCACUUGUACUUUCGGCUCUCGGUUAUAUUUCUAUGUUCUGUCUGAUGCGAAAGAAGGCAAAUCGCAACGAAAUGCGCGUUCUGAUUCACGGAGGAAGUCUUCUGUCAGCACUAUUAGCUUCUAUAAUAUCCAUGACAUCCCAGAGACUCGGAAUAGGAAGUGGUCACGAAUUGAUGCAAAUGUUCUACUUCACAACCUUUUUGUGGGUUCCAUUCACUGAUAUAGUAAUAACAUUUUGGAUUGUGGCAUCUUUGCGGCAUACUGCUAACCCAUUCAAAAAUGGACCUAGAACAAAAACAAGUAUAACUAACUCGAAGAUUGCUCUUGCACCGCCAUCUCGUCAAUAAAAGAUGUGGGACAGAGCCUUCUGCUGAAGACGACGAUACUCUUAAUGUUAAACUAGUGUAUCAAUAAAGC